GCAACAUGGACCCGCAGCCGCCCGCGCCCGCGGCCGCGCGCCCGCUCGUCCGCCCCGACGAGUUCGGCGAGGUGGACACCUCCAGGUACCCGGAGCCCAAGGAGGCCACGCACAAGGUGCGCGGACGCAGCGACCUGCUGGAGCUGCUGUGCGGCGCGGGCACCGUGGACCCAGAGCUGCUCACCGUCAAGACCUUCUACUUCUUCUUCUACUCGGCGUUCGGCUCGCUGUUCCCGCUGAUGGGCGUGUACUUCAAGCAGAUGGGCAUGAACGCCGGCCAGUGCGGGCUGCUCAUCGGCACGCGGCCCUUCGUGGAGUUCCUGUCCGCGCCCUUCUGGGGCGGGCUGGCCGACCGCUGGCGCAAGGGCCGCGUGCUGCUGCUGGCGUCGCUGGGCGCGUGGAUCGUGUUCACGCUGCCGCUGAGCUGGGUCCAGCCGGCCGCCGUGGCGUGCGUGCAGCCGCUCAACGACAGCGCCUACCGCCUGGUGGCGCCGCACUACGACGACGACUGGCCCGCGCCGCCGCGCCGCUUCCACGGGCCCGCCGCCGGGCGCGCCGGCUCGCCGCUGCCCGUGACCGACGCCGCCAACUACGAGCCCGGCGCGCGCGACUGGGUGACGCCGCUGCACUCCUACAUCGUGUACAGCACGCCCGACAUCCAGAAGACGUUCUUCCUGCUGCUGCUGCUCGUCGUCAUCGGCGAGUUCUUCAGCGCGCCCGCCAUCACGCUGGCCGACUCCGCCGUCAUCACGCUGCUCGGGGAGGACGCCGACAGGUACGGCCACCAGCGCAUGUUCGGCUCGCUGGGCUGGGGGCUGGCCAUGUUCUUCGUGGGCAUCGCGCUGGACCACAGCACGGCCUUCAGCACGCACCCGUGCGGCGGCCCGCAGCGCUACGAGAAGAACUACACCAUCUGCUUCGCCACCUUCUCCGUGCUCAUGGGCGCCGCGCUCAUCACCGCCACGCAGAUCCGCUUCAAGUACGAGAGCGCGCCGGCGCCGAGCCCGCCGCCCGCGCCCGCCGAGCCCACGCACGAGGAGCGCCUGCAGCAGCAGCUGGCCCAGCAGCUGCAGCUGCCCGGCCUGGACACCAGCGCGCCCGCGCCGCCCGCGCCGCCGCUCCCGCACGCCAAGGUGUUCGCGCAGACGACGCGCGAGAUGCCGGAGUGGGUCACGGUGCUGCGCCAGUUCCAGAACGUGAAGGCGGCCUCGUUCCUGCUCGUCGCCUGGUUCAUGGGCUUCGGCAUCGGCCUCAUCUUCACCUUCCUGUUCUGGCACCUGCAGGACAUCGGCGGCUCGCCCACGCUGUUCGGCGUGGCGUCCGUCAUCAACCACAUCUCCGAGAUCUUCGCGUACUUCUUCAGCUUCAAGCUGAUCACGCAGAUGGGCCACGUGAAGGUGCUGUGCCUGGGCCUGGCGGGCAACGUGGUGCGCUUCCUGUACAUCUCGUGGCUCACGGCGCCGUGGUGGGUGCUGCCCUUCGAGUUCGUGCAGGGCGUGACGCACGCCGCCGUGUGGGCCGCGUGCUGCUCGUACAUCGCGCACGGCUCGCCGCCCAACCUGCGCUCGUCGGCGCAGGGCGUGCUGCAGGGCCUGCACCACGGGCUGGGCCGCGGCUGCGGCGCCGUGCUGGGCGGCGUGGCCGUGGCGCGCUGGGGCACCACGCGCACCUUCGCGGGCUACGGCCUGCUGUGCGGCGUGGCGCUGGCCGCCUUCGCCUUCGUCAACUUCCGCGGCGACGACGCGCCCGCCGCCGACGACGACGCGCGCGUGCUGGCCGAGGCGGGCGUGCUGGCGCCGCACGGCGUGCCGUCCAACCCGCUGCCGCGCGCGCUGUCGUCCUCGCGCCUGGCCGACCUGGCGCCCGACAGCUACGGCGCCACCGCGCAGGCCGCGCCCGCCGCGCCGCACAACCCCUUCCUGGCGGAGCCCGCCCGCCGACGGGCAAGUAUAUUCUAUAACACACAACACGGUUCAGAAAACAACGAAAGGCAACGAGAGUCCCUCACAAGAGCUCCCGCCCCGCAACAGCACACCGCAGGCCCGCCGCCGCUAGCUCGGGCCGCGCCGGCCUCCGAGCGGCGCGAGCGGCAGCGGCCAGCAGGCAGCAUAUCACGGCCGCCGCAGCGCAGCGAGCGGUGCGCGGGCGCUAUAUUUUGUUGA